AUGGAGGGGCUCUUGCAUUACAUAAACCCAGCACAUGCCAUUUCUCUCUUAAGUGCUUUGAAUGAGGAACGUCUAAAAGGACAGCUAUGCGAUGUUAUUCUUAUAGUGGGAGACCAAAAAUUUAGAGCUCAUAAAAAUGUUCUGGCUGCCAGCAGUGAAUACUUCCAGACUCUCUUCACAAAUAAAGAGAAUGAGUCCCAAUCAGUGUUUCAACUUGACUUCUGUGAACCAGAUGCUUUUGAGAAUGUAUUAAACUACAUUUACUCUUCGUCUUUGUUUGUUGAGAAAAGCAGUCUUGCGGCUGUUCAAGAAUUGGGCUACAGCCUUGGAAUUUCCUUUCUUACCAACAUUGUUUCUAAGAGUCCUCAAGCUCCUUUUCCAGCAUGUCCCAUUAAAAAAAUACUGUUUCAAGAAGAAGAUGAAAGCGGCUCUCAGAAGAGAAGUGUCAUUGUUUGUCAGAGCAGAAAUGAAGCACAAGUUAAAAAUGUCAGUCAAACACAUGAUUUAAGCCAUAGCUCUAAGCCUUCACACUCCAUUGCCAUCAAAACAAACAAUAGGCCACAAGUAACAAAACCAAUUGAACCACUUCACAGUUUAUCAUUAAGUGACAGGAGGUGGCUAAAAGACAGUCCUGUGAGCUACACCAAACUUCAUGAACCUUCUGGAACUGUGGAUGACCAAAGUAGAAGUGGCUUGGUAAAGAGGAAUGCAGUAUUGCCACAAAAGCCUUUAGCUGAGAAAGAAACUUCAUGUGAUGAGCCAGGAGUGAGUGGUCAGCUUCUAAGAGGAAAAGCUGCAGAGAUGUCAUUAAAAAGACCACGUCCUCCAAUCUUAUCUCUGCAUGGUUCAUCAGAAUCUACAUUUUUGUUGCGAGAGACAGGAAAAGGAAAUGGUCAAGGAGAAGAUAGGAAUUUGCUAUACUACUCAAAAUUAGGACUAGUGGUUCCAUCUAGUGGAUCUGGUCCUGAAAACCGAAGUAUUGACCGGAGUGGCCCACUUGUAAAAAGUCUCCUUCGAAGGUCAUUGUCCAUGGAUAGUCAGGUUCCUAUUUAUUCAUCUUCUAUUGAUUUAAAAGCUUCACAUGGAUCAUCAUUGGUGACUAGUGACUCACAGGGAAAAACAUUUAAUGUUACAUCUCAAAAGUCAUCCUUGAAAGAGUCUUCAGAAAAGGUUGUCCUAGAUGACAAGACACAGGUAAUACACCCACACCGCCUUAGGUCCUUUAGUGCCUCUCAGUCAACUGAUAGGGAGGUAGCUUCUCCUCUAACUGAUGUACGAAUAAAAACUGAACCUAGCAGCCCACUUUCAGAGCCUUCUGAAAUAAUAAGAGUUACAGUAGGAGAUGCUUCAACAUCUGCCAGUAAAGACUUCCCUUUUAAAACUGAGGAUGAUAAUAGGGAUAUGAGUAGACUUCCAGCAAAAAGGAGGUUUCAAGCAGAUAGAAGGCUACCAUUUAAAAAACUGAAAGUGAAUGAGCAUGGUUCUCCUGGGUCAGAGGAUAAUUUUGAGGAAAGUUCAAGUCCUAUGCGUCUUGAUGCUGAUUUUCCAGAUUCUGAUGUCAGUAAAGAUGAAUACAGUGAAUUGGAAGAAGUGAGACCAAACAAAAAGUUUAAAUGCAAGCACUGCCUUAAGAUUUUCAGAUCUACAGCAGGCCUUCACCGUCAUGUUAAUAUGUAUCAUAAUCCAGAGAAACCAUAUGCUUGUGAUAUAUGCCACAAGAGAUUUCAUACGAACUUCAAAGUAUGGACUCAUUGCCAGACACAGCAUGGAAUUGUGAAGAACCCCUCACCUGCUUCCAGUUCACAUGCUGUCUUGGAUGAAAAAUUCCAAAGAAAAUUAAUUGAUAUUGUGAGAGAGAGAGAGAUUAAGAAAGCACUGAUUGUUAAACUACGACGUGGCAAACAAGGUUUUCAGGGACAGUCCAGUUCACAAGCACAGCAAGUCAUCAAAAGGAACUUAAGAUCAAGAUCCAAAGGAGCCUACAUUUGUACCUACUGUGGGAAAGCUUAUCGUUUUCUCUCCCAAUUUAAACAGCACAUAAAAAUGCAUCCAGGGGAAAAACCAAUUGGAGGAAAUAAGGUUUCUAAGCAAAAAGAGCACAUUCAUAUUGCAAGUCCAGUUGAAAACAAAGAGGUCUAUCAGUGCCGUCUUUGUAAUGCUAAGCUCUCUUCUCUUAUUGAACAGGGAAAUCAUGAGCGACUUUGUAGAAAUGCAACAGUCUGUCCUUAUUGCAGCCUUAGAUUUUCUUCUCCAGAGCUGAAGCAUGAACAUGAAAGCAAGUGUGAAUAUAAGAAGCUCACUUGUCUUGAAUGUAUGCGCACUUUUAAAUCCUCCUUUAGUAUUUGGCGUCAUCAAGUUGAAGUUCACAAUCAAAAUACCAUGGCCCCAACAGAGAAUUUUUCUUUACCUAUUCUUGAUCACAAUGGUGAAAUAACGAAUGCUUCAAGAUUGCAUUCUCAAUCAGAAUCUAAUAAAAUGAACAAUUUUGUUACUGCAAAGGAAGAUGGAGUAUUCAGUGAUUCUUCAGAACAAAUUAAUUUUGAUUCUGAAGAUUCUUCAUGCCUCCCUGAAGAUCUAAGUGUUUCCAAACAGUUUAAAAUUCACGUCAAAGAAGAGCCUGCAGACGAUAUAGAGGAUGAGGUCACUGAAACCAACAGAGAAGCUAAGGAAGUAGUUUCUAAUAAAGUCACUGGCUUGUGGCCCUGUGAAAAAUGUGGAAAAAUUUUUACUGUACACAAGCAGUUGGAGCGUCACCAGGAGCUUUUGUGCUCUGUAAAACCAUUUAUUUGUCAUGUGUGCAACAAGGCCUUCCGGACCAACUUCCGUCUGUGGAGCCACUUCCAGUCUCAUAUGUCACAGGCUGCAGAGGAAUCAGUGAAUAAAGAUGCUGAGAUAUGUCCACCAGCUAACUCCCCAUCACCGCCACCUCUGCCUCCACCCCCACCUCUACCCAAAAUCCAGCCCUUAGAGCCUGAUAGUCCGACAGGUUUAUCCGAGAGCCCAACUACUACUGAGAAAUUAUUUGUUCCACAAGAAUCAGACACACUCUUUUAUCAUGCUCCACCACUUUCAGCAAUCACAUUCAAAAGACAAUAUAUGUGUAAACUUUGUCACAGGACAUUCAAGACUGCAUUUAGUCUUUGGAGCCAUGAACAGACACACAAUUAGCUAGAGAUCUUCAACAGGUAGUUUAAAAAGCUGGUUAAAUGGAGACCAUUUCCAGGAUAUUUCAGAAGUAU